CUGAGUUAUAUUCAGUAUGGUUACCAUAUUGUUCAUUUUCUGUAGCUUACCUUUUUUGGUAAUAGCAUCCAAUAACACCAACAAUACGGAUCUAGCUUUACAUCCAAAGUGUAAUCCGCUUCUUCAGUGCGAUGCGUAUUUUUCAGUGGCAGGUUUUGCUGAAGUAAACUGGCUGGAAGCAAACUAUAUAUGUAAUAGAGUUGGAGCAGUCCUAGCUACUGUUAGGAAUAAAGAGCAGCAUCAGCUAAUGCUUUACUACGUCAACAAGAAAGAACGGUUAUUUGGAAACAGAACCUUUUGGUUGGGCGCCACAAAUCUGGUGGAUCGGAGCUAUUUCUGGACCUGGAUGAGUACUGGCGUUCCCGUGACUUAUGCACAAUGGAGUAAAAGAGAACCCAAGUCUGAUCGAACAGGUGAAGAUGCCUGUCUUCUCUUGGGAACUGACAAUUUCUGGCAUAGUGAACCCUGCCAACGGAAGCACAAUUUCAUUUGCGAAAAUGUUUGUCAGCUAAAUUAUACAUCGCUAGACAAAAGAGUAUAUAUCUAAAAUUGUUAUAUUGGGUUAGUCAAUCUGAAAAUAUAUAUAAACAAUAUCCAA